AAAAAAGCAUCUAUAUUGUUAGAAAUUUUGGGUUAUGUGAAAGAUUUGUUAACUUUUUUGGAUUGCUUUGAUGGGAUUCUCUAUUACAAUUUUUUUUUUGUUUAAAAUUUUUCGUUGGGUUAAAAUUUGAUUAUUUAAACGUGUUUGGAAAAGGAAAUUAAUUCAAGACACGUUUUCGAAGUUGGGUUUUUCUUUUAUUUUUUUGAAAAAAAUAUGAUUUUUCUUGGAAAUUAUGUUGCUUUAAUUUGUUUUGUUGAUGCAUGCAGUUAUAGGUUUACAAUUUGAACAGUUGGAAAGCCUUAGAGAAGGAAACAAGGGUCUUAAUUUUGUUAUGUGAUUUUCCUUGUUUAAUGUUUGAGCUUGUCAGUGACUUAGAAACCUUAAGAAUUGAAAUCAUAUCUGUAAAUUAUAUGCAUUUUGGCAUAAGGUGUUGUUUUUUGUUUGCUUGGACUGUUAUCAAAUGUGUAAUUCAAUAAGCUCCUUUCGAUAAAUAAACCCUAAAGAGACUAACAUGUUGAUUUCCACAAUUUCUGUUUACUGCUGUAUGGAUAUAAUAAUUCUACGAGAGCAGUGCUUACGCAGAUAUGAACAACUCAAAUGUGUGUCCAACCGAGGAUGCUAUUCAAGUAUUUUUGGACUACUUGGUUGAGCCUUUGCUACCUGCUAAAUAUUCAAUUCAGGAAAUUCCAACACUAGAUAAACAGAAGGCAGUUGCAAAACAGGUGCAUGCUGUUGUGUUACUAUACAACUAUUACCACAGGAAAAGACAUCCCCACUUAGAGUAUCUAGGCUUUGAGCCAUUUUGCAAGUUAGCUGUAGUUGUGAAGCCUAAUUUGAAGUCCCAUAUGAAGCUCAUGCUAAGGUCUGAUGAUACUGAAUUGAGUGACCUUGAGAAGCAGCUAUCAUUGACAGAGAAAGCCAUCAAGGAUGCAUGUGAUAUAUCUACAAGUUUAGAUGCAUCAAGUAAUGUUCAAACUGCAAAUGGAUGGCCAAUUUCAAAAGUUGCUGUUUUUUUAGUAGACCCGAGUAAAGAGAAGUGCUCUCUGCAGAAUGGCAGCAUCACUGAGGGUGUAUGGUCACUUAUUGAAAAAGAUGUGAAUGAGUCCUCUUGGAGUUCAGAUGGUUCUAUUGAGGCAAAACAUAUGAACAAAAGAAAAAGAAUCCCUAAUAAAUGUUUGCAAGAUGAAUUGGGUGCUGAUGAACGUCACUUCCAGCAAUUUGCUUUCUCGGCCGUUAAGGAAGCAAUACAUGAUGGCAUCAGUCAAAGUGAUCUUACCAUCGUAGAGAGCCAUGUUGUUUGUUCUUUGAGUAAAGAAAAGACAGCCACUCUCUUUUAUAUAAUGCAGUGCGUUCAUGCAGAAAAAGAAAUUGCUCAUUGGAUACCUAUUAAGGAUGUUAUUGAUAGCAUGCAGGGUGCUUUAGUAAAAAGGAUUUCUUUCCAAUGGAUUCACACUUCUGUUGUUGAAUACUUCCACUUGCUUCCUUAUGCUCAGAUCAUUUCUCAAUGGUUCUUGAGGGAUAUGCUUCCUACAAGUUUCCGGGAUCAGGAGUCAAUACUGGAAGUUGUAAAUGUAAAUGGCUCUAAAAUGACAGAACCUUCUGAACCGGAAGCUUGUAAUAACAGAAACCAAAAUCAGAUUAAUGAUGUAGUAGAGGCUUUUAGAAACACCACCAGUGCUGAAUCAGAAAAGAAGAAUGAGAAGAAUGAACACUGCUCAAAUGACUUCUUGGAUGCUAUUGAUGGUCCUUGGAAUAUGGAUGUGGACAACCAUUCUGUGGUUUACUCUGAAAAAAAGUCGACAUGCAAAAAUGUUGCUGAGAAAGUCCAACAUGAUGCUGAGCUAGAGGUUAUGACUUCUUGUGCAGAGAGCGGUUUAAAUGGCUUGACGAAUGUUGCUAAGUUUGAGGUGGCUGACUCGAAAUUUCAAAACCAUAAUCAUCUUAAGGGUCAAACUGUUGCCAUUAAAAAUGUAGCAUGGAAUAAUUUGUCUUCUUGUCAAGAUGGGAUGCCCGUGGGUAAUCACGCUUCAGUUAUUCACGAGUCCAACUCCAAAUAUUCUGCCAAACUACAAAAUGCCAUAGCCUCAAAGGAACACAUCCUGUCGGAAACUGCUUUGCAAGUUCUACUUAGUAAAAGGGAUAAAUUGGUUCUUCAGCAACGCAAUAUUGGAGAUGAGAUUGCUCAAUGCGAGAAAAAGAUCCAAACUAUUUUGAAUGGUGGCAAAGAUGAUUUGGAAUUAAAGAUAGACUUGAUAAUUGAAGGUUGUAAUGAGGCGUAUCUAGAAAGUGCUAGCCAAGGGAGGACUCCCCAUGAUUAUGAAGACCAAUGUUCAACUCCAUACAUCAAAAGAAACAGAUUGUCAGAGGAAGCUCUCAGCAAGCAAAAUCCAUGUCAGGAGUUGGAUGGUAUAUGCAACGAGAAGAAUUGGAUAUUACCAACUUAUCAAGUAUUCCCCUCAGAUGGCGGAUAUCAAGCCAAGGUAAGUGUAAAAGGGAUGAAUUUUGAGUCUUCAACUGUGGGUGAUGCUUGUCCUAAACCCCAUGAAGCAAGAGGAUCAGCUGCAGCACUGAUGUUGGCCAAGUUGCAUAGUAUGCCAACUUCAGCCCAUUAGUUCUAUGGCAUCAAGUUUGAGGGGGCAAGGAGUGAUAUCAUUUUUGUUUGUGCCUCUGUUAAAUUCACUUUUGAAAUGAAAUCCUCAUUGCCCACCUGAAGUUGCUCUUAUUAACAGCUUAUGUAGUAUAGUAAGGUUUUUUUUUUUUUGGGUAGUUGAUGUUAGAAUUUAAAUCUUAAUCAUUCGAAUUAAGAAUCUAGGAUUCUACUAAUAGUCUACUUGGCGGCUUUGGCAGUAUAGUAAGUUCUUUUAGUUCUCUUGAUUCUAUCAACGGUUGAUGACAGCAUACUAAGUUCUUUUAGUUCUAUUGUACUAUACUAACAGUUUAUGCUAUAUAGACUUGAUAA